UUCAGGCUCGUCUUCUAGUCCCACAAGCAAGGGAAGGAGAAGAAGAAGCUUCAACCAACCAUCAAGGCAAAGCAAUAACAUCGAGAGCGGAAUCCUCCCGCACGAAAAGAAAAAUGGGCCGAGGGAAGAUAGAAAUCCGGAGGAUCGAGAACAAGACCACGAGGCAAGUGACAUUCGCGAAGCGCCGGGCGGGGCUGCUGAAGAAGACCCACGAGUUGGCCGUCCUCUGCGACGCGCAGAUCGGGCUCAUCGUCUUCUCCAGCUCGGGAAAGCUCUUCGAUUACUGCAGUCAGUCCACGAGCAUGCAGGAAAUCAUAAGGAAGUAUCACGGCCAAAAGGGGUCUCAGAUUGUGGAGCACAAUGAGCAGGAACAGCUUCAGAAUGAGCUGAGGAGGAUACGGAGAGAAACGCGUAGCCUUCAACUGAGCGUGCAGCGAUACACUGCCGGCGAUCUGACCAACAUGCGGAUCGAGGACUUCGAUCAUAUGGAGCAGCAACUCGAGUGCGCCAUCAACAAGGUCCGCGCAAGGAAGUCUGAGCUGAUGCAGCAGCAAAUAGACAAUCUGCGGAGAAAGGAAAAAAUGCUGCAGGAUGAAAACGAUCAAAUAUAUCAUCUGAUUAGGCAGCAACAGAUGGCGAUGGAGCAUCAACAGGAGGGAGGAGGAGUGCCGAAGCCGGAGGAAGCGCAGCACGUGCUGGAGCAAUUCCCUUUCUAUGGGGAAGAGCAGCCGAGCAGCGUCCUUCAGCUCGCGACCCUGCCUCCGCAGUUUCAGCCGUACCGCCUCCAACCGGCUCAGCCCAACCUCCAGGACUUUCUCCAGCCCUCGAACUACGGUGAGUAGGAAGAUGAAAGAAGAGAGCAGUGUUCUGGGGAUGCCGUACUUUGAGGAAGGAUACUACUAUAUGCUGCUGGGUGCCAGCUUUUGAUUGUGUUUUCUUCUUGCCAGAUAGUUAAAAACAAGCAACGUACUUAUGAUGAGUUUAUGUUUAUGUCUUUGGUUUGGUUACUGCAAAUGGUUUACCACAUUACAUGUCUAGCUUAGUUAUCUGCUUGUGGGUAUAUACACA